AUGUCCCGCAUCGUAGAGGCACUCAAAGAGACUGCUACUGGCAUCACCAAUACGGCCAAGAUUGCGGACUUGCAGCGUAACACCAUCGACCCUGCAAACACGCCCGCCAAGGGUCAGGCCACCGAUUUCGGCGUCUACAUCUCAGACACCGACAAUUGGCUCAAAGCGACGGAAGGUACGACCACUGGACCGUCCCUGCUCGAAGACCACAUCGCUCGCGAGAAGGUUUCCCGUUUCGACCACGAACGUAUCCCGGAACGCGUCAUCCAUGCCCGCGGUACAGGUGCUCAUGGAUACUUCAAAGUCUAUGAUGACCGUGCUGCAAAGUAUACGCAUGCGAAGGUCCUGACCGAUGCUUCUCGGGAGACGCCUGUCUUCGUGCGGUUCAGUACAGUGCAAGGCCCUCGCGGGAGCGCUGAUACUGUCAGAGACGUUCGGGGUUUCGCAGUAAAGUUCUACACCGAGGAAGGAAACUGGGAUAUUGUCGGAAAUGACAUCCCGAUCUUCUUCAUCCAAGAUGCUAUGAAGUUUCCGGACCUCGUACACGCGGUCAAACCAGAACCUCACAAUGAUGUCCCGACUGGCCAGAGUGCCCAUAAUAAUUUCUGGGACUACGUUGGACUCCAGCCGGAAGCAUCUCAUAUGAUUAUGUGGGUCAUGUCCGAUCGUGGAAUCCCUCGGUCCUUGCGUAUGAUGCAAGGCUUUGGCGUCAACACCUGGACACUGCACAAUGACAAGAACGAGCGGUUCUUCGUCAAGUUCAUCUGGACACCUGAGCUCGGGGUACACAGCUUUGUCUGGGAUGAGGCUCUGAAACUUUGCGGACAGGACCCCGACUUCCACCGGAAAGAUCUCCAGGAGGCGAUCGAGAACGGAGCCUACCCCAAGUGGAAGUUCGGUAUCCAGGUCCUACCGGAAUCUCGAGAGCACGAGUUUGACUUCGAUAUUCUCGAUGCUACCAAAGUAUGGCCUGUGGAGCAAGUACCGAUCGAGUACAUCGGUGAGAUGGUCUUGAAUCGCAUGGUAGACGAAUACUUCCCCGAGGUAGAGCAAGUCGCGUUCUGCACCUCCCAUGUCGUUCCUGGCAUUGGCUUCAGCGACGACCCGCUUCUUCAGGGGAGGAAUUUCUCGUACUUCGAUACCCAGAUAAGCAGAUUGGGCAUCAACUGGCAGGAGCUCCCUAUCAACCGCCCACUCUGCCCCGUCUUGAACAACCAUCGGGAUGGCAAGUCGAGGCACAAGAUCACUAAGGGAACCAUCAAUUACUGGCCCAACCGCAAGGGCGUCCUUGCCCCAGUGCCGCACCACCAAGGCGGAUAUGCAGAGUACGCCCAAAAGGUCGAAGGCAUGAAGCAACGCGUUCGAGGGGCGAAAUUCCAGGAGCAUUACAGCCAGGCUCAGUUGUUCUAUAAUUCUCUCGCUCCCCACGAGAAAGCGCACCUGAAGAACGCCAUAGGCUUCGAGCUUGACCACUGUGACGAUCCCGAUGUAUACAAACACUAUACCAAAAUUCUCAAUAAUGUGGAUUUCGACCUUGCCAAGGAGAUUGCUCACAAGGUCGGCGGCAUUGUUCCCGAUGCUCCUGCGCGACCCAACCACGGGAAGACAAGUGCUCUCCUCUCCCAGACCGACUUCAUGCCCGAUGAACCUACCAUCAAGACUCGCCGCAUCGCUAUACUUGCUGCGGAUGGAUUCAACGGCCCGGAGGUACUGGCGAUCCGUGCAGCUCUCAAAGCAGGUGGUGCUACCACUUGGCUCAUCGGUCCGCGUCGCGGGAAGGUCUAUCCCGCCGGACAGAAGGUUGGAGAGGGAGAAGGUAUGACGGCAGAUCACCACUUUGAAGCCCAAAGGUCUACCAUGUUCGAUGCUUUGAUCAUCCCAUCUGGAACGGAGCAUGCUGCCUCCUUGGCCAAGGAUGGACGGAUCGUUCAUUGGGUGCGGGAGGCGUUCGGUCACUGCAAGGCUAUCGGCGCCAUUGGCGAAGGUGUUACGUUCAUCCGGGACGCUUGCGCCCUCCCUGGCGUCGAACUGCAGCCUGCGCCUAAUAGCGAGGUCGUCCUGUCGUCUUACGGGGUUGUCACUACUGGUAAAUACGACGCGCCCGCUGCCCCCGGGGAACUCUUCAAGAUCGCAAAGUCGGAGAAGGAUUUCAUCUCCAACUUCGCGUUCGAGGUCAGCAAGCACCGGUGCUACGAGCGAGAGCUCGAUGGUCUGACGUCUCAGGUGGCAUAUUGA